AUGGAUGUUGAUGGUAUAAAAACCGGAGCAAUGGACGUAGAUUGUAAGGACAGCGCAUCUACAUCAAGCGACAGUCGUUUUGGUCAACCUAUAUAUAAAAGUGAAGCAAGACUCUGUCCAGAGGCUAUUGGCAGUAUUGAAUACGUGGUGUCUUGUCCUACUUCAAAACAAGAAUGGGAUACUGCUGCCUCUAAGAAAAACUGUAGUAGAUUAGCUUCACAUCAAAACUGCUCAAGUGCCGAACAGUUCAAAUACCACUGUGUGAUAAAUGGAUUCAGAAAUGAAACGUUGGAAGUUUGCGCUCCUUCAAGAAUAAUAUUUGGACAUUGUGUAGAAUUCAAUCUUCUUGGAGGAGUAAUUCAGGAUCAAAUGUCAUCUCCAUGCAACAACAUUUUUCCCAAAUGUGAUGCCAUUUUUAGAUCAACUGACGCAUAUAAAUAUCCUGAUUGUUUUGAUCUUGUUGAAAGAUCCACAACAGUGGAUACAACUGAAAGAAUAGUCCUCACAACAACUACCACAACAGAUAACAAGUACUUUUACAUAAUAUGAUGGUGAUGUUAUUUUAAAUUAUUUGAAAAGAUGUUACCCUUUUGUGUUUU